CAGUUUCUCUCAGGACUUGUCCCCCAUCUGAGACGCUUGAACGGAUCCCUCCUCAUCUGACAGACCCGUUUCCACGGCGAUCACCAGCGAUGCCACAGAGACGCUGCUCACCAACGGCUGGAGCUCACCUGCAGGGGGGAACGCGGACACUCGAAGUGUGCUUGCGUGACCAGAAGAAGCAAGGCCGAUGGAAAAAAGCGGACGACACAGCAGGCGCGGCGCUGCUUUCUCAAGAGAUGCUGCCAGUCUGAAGGGAACACCUGAGGAAAACCGUCCAACAGCUCUGCCAGUGCGCCUGGAUGUGGUCGCGGGUCCCGAGCGUCUUCCUGCACGCGAAGAGUCGCAGGAAAUGCUGCGAGGGAAACUGCGCAUUCAGCAGGCCGACAGCACUGAGCUCAGCGCUCUCUUUAGGGAGUUGUCUGCUGACCUGGUCGCCAUUGACAGUGAAGACCAAGUGAUUUUUGUCUCGUUCAAAGCAUUCGAGGAAGUAUGGAAGUUCACAACAUAUUACACACACGGUCUGCUGGGUCAUUUCAUGGAGCAUCUGUUGUUUGACCAAAAGUUGUGGCUCCUUUCCUUGGACGAACAUCUUGAGAUCGAGGUCUCCACUCCGGAGGACACGCUUCAUGUUCUCUACACGUGUGCUCUCAUGCAAGAAGGGUCGCUGUUCGCUCGCUGCGCCGCCAGCCAGAUGUUUGACAGUUGCACCUCCGGAGGUGACCUGUACCUGGAACAGGGAGACAUUGCACUCUUUGAGCCGCCCUUCCUGGACUCGGGCUGGACUAUCCUUUGCCUGGCAGACGGGGCCAGAGGCACCGCGCCCAAACCGGCACUGGAGCCUGUGAUAUCUUUUCAUCAGUGGUUUCUCAAGUCUUGUGCAGAGAACAUUUUAUUGGGUGAUGGGAAACCUGCCAGUAACUUCCCUCUGCACUUUGCCACAGGCACGUGUGUGGCCACCGUGCAAUAUGACUCAGAAGGUCCGGACGAGCUGAGCGUGUCACCGGGUGACCGCAUCAUCAUCGUGGGACGACUGGUGUCCUGUCACGGCUGGUUCUUGGGCAUGAAGGAGGAAACGGGGGAAGCGGGUCUCGUGGCGACGAGCCAGGUGAAAUGCUCGGGUGACACUUACGACUCGGUAAACGCUCUUUUAGACGGAGAAGAAGUGAACUUCUUCAACCUGCACGAGGACGACGUCAUUGAGCAAACGACUGCCUUGCUCAAGAGAACAUCUCAAAGUGAUAUCGGUCAUACGUACAAACUAGAUGUGUUCAGUUCCCAAGACUCCGAGAAGAAUCGGUCAAAAGCUCCCUCAGCCCCAGUUGAGACUGACUUCAAAGAAAAUAUGGAGCGGCUUCUCGACCCGGAAAAGCAUUUAACCCCAGAGUGUGUUUGUCCGAGGAUCCAAGACGAUGCGAUUGAUCCUGUUGAAGGCCGACAUGUGAAAACUCCUCGUUUCACUGUUCAGCCAGCUGAAGAAAGACAACACACUGAGAACAUCACUUUGCUCCUGUCUUUUUUGGAAGGACGUGAUUCCAAAGAUGAGUUCAGAGUGUUUUACAUACAAAGUCCUGAACUUCUGUCCUCCUCCAUCUUCUGCGGCCACUCGCACGAGGACGAGUUGAUUUCCUUUCUGUCCGUCGCCAGGGAAACUGCCAGGAAGAAGCGGCUAUUGUGGUCCCAGACUCGUCUAUGCUUCUUGUUGGGCAAGUUCUCCGCUGCCAAGUCCAAAUUCAGCCAGGCCCGGGUUUAUUUUGAGGAGGCUCUCGGCGUGCCUCGUGAAACCUUCACAGACGUUAGUCUGCUGGCGAGCAUUUACUCCAACCUGGCCGCCAUUUAUCUUUUACAGAAGAACACGGAGAGCUUCUUUGGCGUGUCCGAGCGACUCGUGGCCUUGUUAAUGGGAACGUCGUACUGCCUGGAAUGUGUGAAGGAAAGCUCGGUUCUAGAAUACGCCCUCAAGAAAGCGGUUCUUUCUCAAAACGCAAUGGCUGAAGCUCGAGCUUGUUAUCUUCUGGCGAUGCACCAUUGGGCUCAUAAAGAGGGCCCAAAGGUUGUCCCCUACCUAGAGAGACUCCUUGUUCUUUGCGCCGGAGCUCAGGGAAGGUCGAGCGUCUCGCCCAGUGGAGGACAUCUAACCCUGGGGAGGCUAUACAGGGAAAUGGGCCUCUACCAGCUCAGUAUUUGCUCUGCUGCAAGAGCAUCGCGGGAUACUUCUACGACACUGACUGACGGCCUCAGCGGCCUGCUCCUCGUCACGGGCAACACCACGGACGUGGACUCCUUCCCAGCUCACAUGGCUCCAUAUUUACACCGCUGUCUUUCUUUGACCGAUAGCCAAAGAGCGCCAGCACACAGACAACAUUCAGUGUUGAAGCACCAACUCGUCGUUUGUCUCUCGCAGCUCUUUUACCAGCAGGGGAUGCUUGACAAGGCCAUCCGACUCAUGCGCGUUCUUAUCGGCGGCACUGCUCCCUCCCCCGACUCGGCAGAACAGAAGAACGCCCUCAUCUGGCUGGCAUGGCUCCACAUCCACGACCGUCAGCCGAGCGUGGGACUGCGCGUCUUGGACUCGGUCUUGGCCGCCCUGCCUGAGCACUGCACCGUGGCGCUGGAAGGGCUGGUGCUUAACAUGCGUGGGGUGGCUCUCCGGUGCAUGGGUGACCUUCGCAGGGCGGCAGAGAGCUAUCACGCUGCUGUGGACAUCUGCCAGGAGUACAAAGACUUGCCAAACUGGGCGGUAGCUCAUGCUAACCUUGGGUUGAUGUGCCUCAAGGCUGGAGCAAAAGCACUGGCACAGAAGCACCUGAUGGAGUCUGUGCAGCUCUUCUCUGCGCUGGACGGAGGGCACGAGACAACUUUCAUCGCCGUGCUGCUGGAACUGGGACAACACUGCGUGAAGGAGCGCCGGAUGCAUUAUGGGAAAGGAUGCUACGAGUGGGCUUUGCUGCUGGCAAUCAACGCCAACCUCUCAGAGUGCCAGCUGAGCGCGGUAAGACGCCUGUGCCACCUGUACGAAUGUGAGAGUCCAGACCAGGCCCGGCGUAUCAUCUAUAGCCAGCACCAGGUCCGACUGCUUCGCGGAACACGAGACCGAGAACGUGAGGGCGACGCGCAGGAAGCCAUCAGCCAGCUCUUCCUCUCGCUGGCCACAGACAGGGCCUAUCGCGCAGCUCUCGACCACACCAAGAGCAGUCUGGGUAUUUUCAUCGACCUGGGCUGCAGGGAGAAGGAGGCGUACGGAUGGCUGCAAGCCGGGAAGAUCUACCACCUCCUUGGCCAGUUGGAACUGGUGGAACUUUACGUGCAGGUAGCACAGGAUGUCGCUCUGAGCACAGGAGACUCCAAGUUCAUCUUAAACCUGCUGGAAGCUGCUGGAGAUAUCUUCUUCAACAGCAGCCAGGACCGAGACAAGGCCAUCAUCUACUACAGGGAUCGCGCUCUUCCCAUCGCAGCCAGGAGCGACGCGGUGUCAAGCAAGCUGAGAUUGUGCAACAAGUUGACAGAAGUCAUGCUCAGUCUCCAACUGUACGGAGACGCCAUGGAGUUUGCUCACACCGCGCUGGACAUCAGCAUCACACUUGGGGAGCACCUGAACGAGCGGGUGGCCUACUAUCGUCUGGCCUUUCUGCACCACCGUUUAGGUCAGUGUGAGCUCGCGGAACACUACUACCUGAAGACCCUGAGCCUCUGCCCGGCCCCUCUGCAGUUCGACGAGGAAGCGCUCUACUACGUCAGGGUCUACCGGACCUUGGGGGACAUCCUUUUCUACAAUCUCAAGGAACCGUUUGAUGCGGCAGGCUACUACCACUUAGCGCUGGCCGCCGCCAUGGACGUGGGCGACAAGAAGUCGCAGCUGGUGCUGUGCACCCGCCUGGCCACCCUCUACCACAACUUCCUCAUGGACCGCCAGCUCUCGCUCUUUUUUUACAAGAAAUCCAGAGGCCUCGCCGCAGAGCUCAACGCGAGGAGGAUGAACACGGCAGCGGAUCGCGCCGGUGUCGUAGUUUACUAGGCAGCGCCCAGGGUCAGGAAGAAACGUCUCCCCUGCUGUAUGACAUUUCUGCGCGUGCACUAGCAGAACUACAUGCACCCUGUUGGAUGUCAUACAGCAGUUGAAGGCAGUUGUGGAAACAAAGUUACUAGUAAGACAUCGUCAUUCUAGUAGUGCACUGAAUUGUCUUACUAGUGAGAACAAAUAGCCUACCAUUACAUAGACAAUCCAGUGCAUUAGUAGGAUAUGUAAUAAAUGCUCAAUGGGCUUGCCAUAUACUUUAAUAGUUCGGCAAUUGUGUACAGUCAUGUAGGUUUUGCGCCACUGAGGGUCAGUGUAAUCCUGUUUCUAGGCUGCGCUCCGGAGAUAAUAGUCCAAAGCCGAAAUGUUCAUCACGCAAAGCCUGAAAUGAGCUAAAAAUUACUUUGUGAGGUGAAUAAAGUCAUAUCUGGAACGAAACAAACAACAACAACAAAAAAAGCAAUGUAAAAAAAAAAAAAAAAAAAAAAAAAAAUGCUCAUUGUGAACAUUAGCUGCAGGCUGCCCAGGACAAUAAAGAUGUUCUAAAACACUUCUGAGCAUGAAGAAAGGAGGGGGGGAACAGUGCAAUUGGUUUGAAUAGGCUCUAAAAAUAUCAGCCAGGCUGACCAAUGGGAUGUUGAGGCUGACAUAUUUAGAGCAUAUGCUUAUUUUAAUAGUGCACCAUAGUAUAUUUAGCUGCCACGUGCUGAGUGUGUCCUUAUGAGAGUUUAUGGAGGGACACCAUUCUUUCCCAUACGUUGGCCUUGGUCGAGUCUUUGAAAUGUCUCCUUUACGUAACCAACUGAUUCAAUGCCCACCGACGGGUCGCAGAGAGAUGCAUCCCUUCCGUCGGUUCGUCCAAACAUUGGACUAAUCCAACUAUAUCCUCCCAAAAAUAUGAGCAAAGGACAAACGUUGUGUGUCAGCAAGCACGGCAAGAUGCGGGCGACAGUGAGGCGGUGGCGGUAGAAUGGCAGGGGGAGAUUGAUGUCUUCUGCCCAGUCAGUGUUGCUGCAGUAGCAAUUAGAUAAUAGAUCCGGAUCAGCAAUCCACGCGGGCCUCGCAGUCAGCGCAAUGCUAUGAGAGAUUGCACGUGCGAACAUGGCCGCUAUCGCGUCUUGAGUGCGCAAUUGCUACGAGAAGUUCAACAAAGGGAGGGGAAAAAAAAAAAAAAAAAAGCUGUCGUAAACCGCGACUAUAUAUUUUCACUCGCAUCACAUUUGUUCGAUCACAUUCUGUUGUAUAGUUAGCUCGAAGGUUAGCUUCAUAAUAACGUAACUGACGCAGGGGUCAGCAAUCUUUGACCCCUUGGCUAAAUGGUCAUUACAGUGAAGAAGUGAAAAAUGUUUUGGGAUUACUGGAUAAUGAAUGCAAUAAAACAAAAUUGGCACUGCAUCAGAUUCCCACUUCAGUUGCCUGAGUUUGUGUGCGCGUGUGUGUGUGUGUGUGUGUGUGUGUGGGCGCGUGUGGGCGCAUGUGUUUUAACGUACCCGAGAGAGAGACGGGACAGGUCGGCUUCACGGCACUUAAGUUGAUUAAAAUCUGUGCACUGCAGUGCCUCCGCCACUCUCCUGUGCCUCCGUCUUUUCUCAGCAU